AUCAUCAUCAUCAUCAUCAUCAUCUCCCCCCUUCCUCCCUUCCUCUCAUCCUUCCCGUCCUGCCAUCCUUCUCUUCCUUAUUUCGUAUAACACCGACUGAACCAUGCCUUUCCUAAAAGUUGUCGUCGCACUCUAUGACUACGAGGCCAACACAGAGGAGGAGCUGGCCAUCAAGGAGAACGACGUCCUCUACGUGCUCGAGGACGACGACCCCGAGUGGUGGAAGGCCAAGCUCAAGACCGUCGAUCCCAACGAGCUGCACAUUGGUCUGAUACCAAGCAACUAUGUCGAGCCUCUUGCCGCAACUGGUUCUGUGGUGGGUCUUUACAAGUACGACGCAACAACAGAAGAGGAGCUCACCUUCGAGGAGGGCGACACGCUCACAUUGUACGAGCAAGAUGAUCCAGAUUGGUUCCUGGUCGGAAAUGGCACCCAUGUCGGCUUUGUGCCUGGAAAUUAUGUUGAGGCUUCUGCAGGACAGGACGGACAAUCACAGGCACAGCAGACACCAGAGCAAUACCAGGAAGAAUAUGCAGACGACCAAUAUCAGCCAGAAGAGCAGUAUCAUGAGGAAGAUCCCGCUGCCCACGAGGCGCUAGCUGAAGCCGUCCCUCGAUCCAACGGCAGCGUUUUAUCACCAACAACGGCGCCUGCAGAGAAGGACGACCUCAAGUUCUGGUCUGUCAAUGAGGUCGAUAAGAAAAAGAAGAAAAAGAAGGGAAGUCUAGGUGUAGGCAACCUGACCAUCUUCUUUGGCAGCGAAGAGGACAAGUCCCCUGUGCGCCAAUGGUCAAUCAAAGACGUGGACAAGGUCAGGCAAGAGAAGAAGCAUGUGUAUCUGGAUUUGGGCGGUUCUUCCCCGGCCUCAUUCGAUUUCCAGGCUGCUUCCAAGCAAGAAGCCGAGGCCAUCUUCAACAAAAUUCAAGAGUCCAAGCAAAAGUCUCGUAUUUCACAUCCUGCAUCAGCUGCUCCGGCUCCAUCCGUGCGUGAUUCAGUCGUAUCAACGUCAACUUAUCAGACUGCACAAGGAUCACCCAACAUUUCAGCAGCAAGUGCCGCAUACCACCAAUCAGAACCUGUUCAAGAGGAACCAGAGUAUGAGGAGGAACAACAGCAAUACAUCGAACCAGAACCAGUGUGCGAGGGCCGCUGGGCGAUUGCAUUGUACGACUUUGACGCCAUGACAGAGGAGGAACUCAGCAUUCGUGAGAAUGAUGAGCUCUGGGUCUCAGAUUAUGUGAGCAGCGACGAAUGGUGGAAAGUGCAGCUUGGCGAACAAGUGGGUAUCGUCCCGGCAUCCUAUGUGAGGUUUGCGGAUGAACCUGCACCCGAAGAGCUGCAGGAAGAAGUUGCCCAAGUACAGGCAGAGGAGCCAACGGCGGUCGAAGCGCGUGCUGUCCCUGCUCCCCCACCACUGCCUCCUGUCGCAGUCCCGUCUGCGAAGCCAACCGAACCGCUCAAGAAGGAGAUCUCUGCCACGACUACGACUGCCGCCGCUUCUCCAGCGCAGUCCGAACCAGCUCCUGUGAACAAACCGAAAAAUACGAGGAUGUGGACGGACCGCUCUGGAAAAUACAAGGUGGAGGCAGAGUAUUUGGGCUUUCACGAUGGCAAGAUCAGUUUGCACAAGUUGAACGGCGUUAAGAUCGCUGUACCUGUGCGUGAGAUGUCGCAGGAGGAUAUUGCGUAUGUCGAAAAGGCCACCGGCAUGAAGGUAUCCGAGGCAGGGUUCGAUUGGUAUGACUUUUUCAUCAAGGCUGGCAUCGCAACCGAGGAUGCGCUCCGAUACUCAACUAUCUUCCGCACAGAGAAGAUGGAUUCCAGCAUUUUGCCCGAGCUAAGCAGAGAUGUCCUGAAGGGACUUAAUGUCAAGGAAGGUGAUAUCAUCCGUAUUCGCAAGGCUAUUGGCGGUCCUGGAUCUGGAUCGGGCAGUACUUCACCCGACGCUGCUAGUGCUCCCAAGCCUAAGAAAUCUGUCAGCUUUGCAGGAUCUCACGGCGGAGUUGAUGUGGUAGAUGACCGCGAGAUGGCUAUGAAGAUGCAGGCUGAUGAAGUGUCGAUUGCUCGAACAUCUGGAGCCUCCUUGGCUGAACAGCGUAGACAGCAGGAAUUAGCUGACGAGCAGUUUGCCCGUGAGCUGCAGGAGCGCGAGAACGCUACCAACCGCACCCCUGUCUUUGGCAAGAAGAACGAUACACCUCAGCGUAAGAACACGAGACCUAAAGCAACAACUUCUGCACCCAAGACUAUUGAUGCAUCAGAGUUCACAAAGAUCGGCACUGCCCUCAGCAACACCCCAAAGGCUUCUCCCUCGUCAUUCAAAGGCAAGCAAUCAACGGCCUCGAAGCCUGCGACCAGCACUUCUGCAGCUGACCUAGCUUUUGAUGAUGAUGCUUGGGAGGUUCGUGAUCCCAAACUCCUUGGCUUUGACUAUGACAACUGGAAGAUUCAGAACCGCGACAACGAGGAUGAGUGGAUCGAGAAGUUUGCGUCAACCACAGCACCAAAGGUGAUUGAACCAGAGGAGGAAUCAGCCAAGCCCAGCUCCCCCAAGAAGGAGGCAAAAGAAGCCUCCUCUCCUGCCGGGCGUCCCAGACCCAGUGCGCCAGGCAGGACUGACAGCAGCAGCUCCCUCGGCUCUCUUGGAUUGUCUGCGCCCCUGGCGCCUUCGCCAGCUCCUCCAUCACCAGCCCCUGCUGCCAAGCCUUCGACACCUGUUCCCGGCUCAUUGGAGGCAAUCAAACUGUCCCAGGCUGAAGAAGCCGAGAAGGUUAAGCAGCAAAUGCAGAAGAUCAAGGAGAAGCAGGAGUCGGAUAAUGUCAAGAAAGAAUUGGAGCAGGUGAAACAGCAGCAGCAGAUGCUCCAGCAAGCUGUUGUCCAGCAGGCGAACCAGAACCAGCAGCUCAUGCAGACCAUUCGCCGCAUGGCCCCUCCACCGCCAGUCUCGUCCGGAAGAUUGCCUGCACCCUUGGUGCCUGUCAACCCCACAGGACCACUUCGCUUUGUCCCAACACAUCCCACUGGACAGCAGAAUGCACCUCAGCCAACAUUUAGCACGGCAUCGAUGGGUCUUCCUACGAUGCAACAGCAGAUGAUGACUGGCAUGAACCCUCAAAUGACCGGUAUUUCUAGCCAGCCCACUGGCAAGGCAAGCUGGGUCAAUGCCACACCUGCCAAUCCCUUCGGCAUUGGAGCGAUCACUGUCAACCCUACUGGAGCUCCUCCAAGGCCGCCUCCAAUCAUGGCAGCUAGAUCGGCGCCUCCUGUCCCUGCUCCCUUCAUCAACCGCAACAUGAGCCAGGGACCUCCUCCCCCACCACCACCAAUGCAGACCAGUAUGACUACCGGCUUCAAUAACAACAACAUGAACACGCUCAACACCAUGAGGACAGGCAUCAACAGUAACAUGACGGGCAUGGGCAACAACAUGAAUGGUAUCAAUAACAAUAUGACCGGCAUGAACAGCAAUAUGACUGGCAUGGGCAACAAUAUGACCGGCAUGAACAAUAAUAUGACCGGCAUGAACAGCAAUAUGACUGGCAUGAGCAACAAUAUGACCGGCAUGAACAACAACAACAACAUGUUACCGCUGAACCGCGUUUCACAGCCGAUGCAGACGCCUCAGUUUCAAACUCCUGCUAUAACUGGCAUGAACAACAGCAGCAGUGGACCGAGCCUCAAUACGCUGAGCGCGAUUAACAGCAUGAACAUGAACAGUAACAUCAACAAAAGUCCCCAGUUUCAGUCGCCUAUGAUGACUGGCAUGAACAAUAACAAUAUGGGCGGCCUGAAUAACAAUAUGACAGGGAUGAACAACCUCAACAGCAACAUGACUGGCAUGAACAGCAUGAACACCGGUGGUCUCGGCAGCGGGCUGAACAACAACAUGACCGGUAUGAACACCUUCAACAAGUCGCCCUCCUUGUCGAAUACGUUCAGCUCAUCGCCCAUGGGCCAGUCACGAAUUCUUCAGACACCUUCUUCGUCCAGCUUUGGCGGCGGCGGUCUUGGAAGCAGUUUCGGCGGCAUGAACAACAACAACAAUAAUAACAACAACAACAACAACGCCUUGAGCAGCAUGAACUCAUCAUCAUCCAACAGCAGUUUGACCCCACUCCAGGUCCAAGCUACAGGCCAACUUCCCAUGUCAUCCUCAUACAUGCGACCUCCUACCUCGUCUGGUCUUGGCGGCUUCAACAAUAAUAACAACAACAUGGGAGGCAUGAACAACCAGAUGACCGGAAUGGGAUCAAUGAGCGGAGGCAUGAGCGGAGGCAUGAGCGGCGGUCUCGGAGGUGGACUCGGAGGAGGCAUGAACAGCAAUAUGACCGGUAUGGGCGGUAUGAACAGCAACAUGACCGGCAUGGGAGGCAUGAAUAACCAGAUGACCGGCUUGGGAGGCAUGAACAACAACAUGGGCGGUAUGAGCGGAGGAGGUAUGGGAAGCAUGGGUAUGGGAGGUAUGAAUAACAUGGGUGGAAUGGGUGUUACGCCGCAGAUGACAGGCAUGGGCAACAAUAACAUGGGAGGUAUGAACGGUGGCAUGGGAGGCAUGGGAGGCAUGGGAGGCAUGAACCCUCAAAUGACGGGCAUGAAUCCUCAGAUGACGGGCAUGAACAAUAUGAACAACAUGAACAACAUGAACAACAUGAACAACAUGAACAACAUGAACAACAACGGACAGUUCAACAGGAACUGGUAA